GUAUGCAUGUCUGUAUUUCCGGUUGCUAACUCUUUGCUAUUUAACCAAUCUCUUGGGGAACAUACUGUCUUUUUAAGACCUGAGCGUGUUUAUAUAUUAAUUUUUCCUCUCUUAUGUUUUAUAAGACCGUGUCACAACUCGGACAUGGAGUACUAAAAUACAUGUCGCCGCUCAUAAUGUGAGGGCUGUCCGGGAUGCGGCGCGGGCUCAGCGUAGUCUCUUCGUCUCAGCUGGCCGCGGAGCAGCAGCGUCCUGCUGUCGAGGAAGGCAUCGGCAGGGAGUCCUGGCCCUGGAACUCCGCCGGUCGAGCUGUGGAGGCCUGACCGUGCUCACUCCGGACUAGAUGGUCUCAGAAGGCAAGUGUGCUUGACAAGAUAAACAAACCCAGAGGCUGUCCUGCUUGUGCUGCAGAUAAGCAGAAACUGCAAGCAUCCCCCCCUCUGGCUCAUUGUUGCUUUUUUCGCCUCUUUGGGUUUCACAGACUGUUUGUGGGAGUAGAUGCAUCCAUUAAUAAUAAAUAUUAUGGGCAGAUGCCCCUGAAUUCUAAGUGUAAUCUUGGACUGAGCUGGCUUGUUCUUACCCUAAAGAGAGGUGGGUUUGACUGAAAAUAAUGGCUGAGCACGAAGAAGCAGAGCUGUCAGAGUCUCUUCAGAAGGAGGAUGGAUUUUCCAGCGAGCUGGAGGAACCAGGCACAAACUUCAAAUCUAAAAGUUUGCCCAUUUUAAAUGAAGCAGGGCCUCAAGAGAAAACCUUAUUGGCUAGUUCAGCGCGUAUGUCUAUAACAGCAGAGGAAAGCACAGAGUUCAUCCAGCUACCUGCCAAGAGCGAGUCCUUCCAGGCUGAGUCUCCAACCAGAACAAACUACCUGCCAAAGACGGGGAAGGCAGCACUGAACAGGCCGAGCUCAUACAUGGAGAACACUGAGAUCCGUAGGAGUAAAAACGUGGCCAGGAGGAAGCCACCAGGCUUUUUUGCCUCGAAAAUAGCCCAAAUAAAACUGCCCAGCAGGAAGUAUCUGAGCAUUAUCUUGCAGGACUCUCGCUGCUUCCUGUUCUGUAUGUCCUACCUGACAUUCAUCCAGUCGCUCAUGGUGUCAGGCUACCUCAGUAGUGUCAUCACCACCAUAGAGAAAAGGUACAGCCUGAGGAGCUCAGAAUCAGGCCUCCUUGUCAGCUGUUUUGACAUCGGGAGCCUUCUAGUGGUCGUCUUCAUCAGCUACUUUGGUGGGCGGGGCCAGAGGCCACGCUGGCUUGCUGUGGGAGGGAUUUUCAUCGCUGUGGGUGCCGCCCUUUUCUCCUUACCUCAUUUCAUCUCCCCGGCAUACCAGAUCCAGGAAGUCAACUCGUCCUCGGCCAACGAAGGCCUGUGCAUGAACAGCAAUGCCAGCGGCAGGGAUCGUGUUGACAUCACUUCCUGUCCUAGAGACCAGGAGGGCAACGAGCACAACCUGUAUGUGGCGCUGUUCAUCAUCGCACAGAUCCUGGUGGGCAUGGGGUCCACGCCCAUAUACACGCUGGGACCCACCUACCUGGAUGACAACGUCAAGAAGGAGAACGCCUCGUUGUAUCUGGCUAUCAUGUACGUGAUGGGAGCACUGGGCCCGGCGGCUGGUUACCUGCUGGGAGGGGUCCUCAUCGGCUUUUAUGUAGACCCCAAGACUGUGGUCAACAUCGACCAGAGCGACCCUCGCUUCAUUGGCAACUGGUGGAGCGGGUUCCUUUUGUGUGCCAUAGCUAUGCUGCUGGUCAUAUUCCCCAUGUUCACCUUCCCCAAGAAGCUGCCUCCCCGACACAAGAAGAAGAAGAAGAGGAGGAAAAAGCUGAGCAUGGACGACUUGUCCAGCGAUGACGAUGUACUCAAGGAGAAAAGCAACAACAAGAACCAGACGGUCUCCUCCUCCAUGGGCUUCGGCAAAGACAUCAAAGACCUACCCAAAGCUGCAGUGAGGAUCCUCAGCAACGUGACCUUCCUCUUCGUCAGCCUGUCCUACACGGCAGAGAGCGCCAUUGUCACUGCUUUUAUCACUUUCAUCCCCAAAUUCAUUGAGUCUCAGUUUGGGAUCCCAGCCUCCAAUGCUAGCAUCUACACUGGUGUGAUCAUCGUGCCCAGUGCCGGCGUCGGCAUCGUCCUGGGCGGCUACAUCAUUAAGAAGCUGAAGCUGGGAGCUCGUGAGUCGGCCAAGCUGGCGAUGAUCUGCAGCGGCGUGUCCCUGCUCUGCUUCUCCACCCUCUUCAUUGUUGGCUGCGAGAGCAUCAACCUCGGAGGAAUCAACAUCCCCUACACCACCGGACCUACACUCACGAUGACCCAGAGAAACCUGACCGGAGGUUGUAAUGUGAACUGCGGCUGUAAAAUCCACGAGUACGCUCCGGUCUGCGGUUCUGAUGGCAUCACGUAUUUUAACCCCUGCCUGGCGGGCUGCAGCAGCGUGGCUAACGACAGCACCGGGAUCCGUAACUAUUCAGACUGCGCCUGCGUCCAGAGCCGGCAGGUCAUAACGCCCUCGUCCGGAGGUCAGGGCGGCAACCAGCUGCAGCUCGUCAUUGUCAAGACGUACCUGAACGAGAAUGGCUAUGCCGUGUCGGGAAAGUGUGACCGCACCUGCAACACCCUCAUCCCAUUCCUCAUCUUCCUCUUCAUCGUUACGCUCAUCACUGCCUGCGCCCAGCCAUCUGCCAUCAUCGUCACCCUCAGGUCUGUUGCAGAGCAGGAGAGGCCGUUUGCUCUGGGAAUGCAGUUUGUUCUCCUCAGGACUCUCGCCUACAUCCCGACACCCAUUUACUUUGGCGCCGUCAUCGACACCACCUGCAUGCUAUGGCAGCAGGACUGCGGGGUCCACGGCUCCUGCUGGGAGUAUGACGUCACCUCCCUGCGCUUUGUCUACUUCGGCCUGGCAGCCAGCCUGAAGUUCCUCGGCUUCUUCUUCAUCUUCCUCACCUGGUACUCCAUCAAGUACAAGGAAGAGCGGGUGGAGCGCUGGCUUAAGCGCCACCUGUCACCUGUCGACACCGUGGGCAGCCUAGUCUGCCACCCAGGUGGCCACAAAGGCCACGCCCGCACCCGCUCCUGCCCCGUCAACAUCCCCCGAAGCGACCCCAGCGCCCUGCCCGCUAGUGCUCCGCCGCGAGCCGGCGCCCUCAACCGUGGCGUUAGCACCCAGAGUUGCCCUGGCAACGAGCUGAAAGCAAUAACUCCUCCCCCAGCUGCUGCGGCUUCACCAGCAGUGACGCCGGCCCCCACGCCGGCCCGUUCACUGGAACACGUCUCAAUCCGAGUUUGAGAUUCAGGGGAAGGGGAAGGAGGGCUCAUCCGCAUCUCCUCUUCAUUACGCCAACAUCCUGUUCUCAUCUCGUAACGCUCGCCUGCACCGCUGACCCACCUGGGUCAAAAACCAUCAGCUGGAGGCCCAGAUUGACGUGGAAGUCGACUGAUUUGGGGGUCAGGCAGCCUGUAGACCCUCUUCUGAGAGGGAAAAAAAAAUCUGCUUGGUCGGUGAAACUGUUGAAAACAGCUUUCUUUGUGAUCCACCAGCUGGUGCUGCAAACAGACAAAGGCUCAGUUUCCCCGCUUUGGAUGGAGGACAGUUCACCGCUCAUAAACUCCACCUGCAACACCCCUCCCUUCCUCCCUCCCUCCCUUACCUCGGCAAUACGUGCCUUCUGUCACCACGGUCCUCACAUGUACAGGACAACACCGACACAACACGCUCUGACAUACUGGACGUCCCUCAGACAGACUGUAGGAAUCACCUGAACAGAUACCUCAGCUUCGCCAACCCUCCCGCUCCUCCCCCGCCUCACCUCAGUGUGCUUCUUCUCUGUGCGUUUUCAUUUCUUCCCCGUCAUGCAGGCAAUUUUUGUUCGCUGGAAUCUGCAUAUCAGCAAAUUUGAACCCUUUGGAAAUGUGACACACUGCAAUCAAGUGUUAAGAACUGGAAACCGAUGGCAUGGUGCUAUGUGAAAAAACAUUGUUUGGCGUCUUUUUUUCUUUUUCUCUUUUUGGGGUUAAAACUUGAAAAGAACCUAACUGGACGACAGGUCACUGGGCUAAGCAGCUUGGCUCGCACCGAAUGCAUUCCGGUGCGAUUUAAGGCCUUUUGUUGCUCCCCUGACACAAUGACUUGCAGUAUUACCGCUGGAAGUCGGAUUGUUUCGCUUUUGCCAGCUCCAUACAAUGCACCUAUACAUGUGCCCCCCCUCCACCCCCGACAGGCAUCCCGAUAAGUGGUUUAACCUGAACAGAACAGGAUCAGCAUUUUCUUACUGACCACAUUCCUGGCCUGAAUAGUUGCCCAGGAUCCUUCGAACAAAUGGAAGAACAUGGAAAGGAAAGUACGGUAACUUUUGUACUGAUCACAUAGGACGAGUAGUAGUUAGUUAUCAUGUAGAGGUCAUACUGAAGUCAUCUCUUUGUUGUGGGCUCUGAAAUGCAAACAGGUGUCUGAACUUGCAGAGUCUGUUACCCUGCACCAUGUUGAUUAACUGUUCAGUAGUACUCAGUAUUUAUCUGCCACAUGACAGACAUACAAGCAAGUUAAAGGUGUGAGAAGAGGGCAACAGUUUUAUCAGUAAGUUUUAUAAAGGCUUCUGAUCAAUGUCAAACUAAACUCUGAAGAGAAGUGUCAAACCCGUUUUAGUUCAGGGGUCACAUGCAGAGGGCCAGGACAGUAGAGUAACAGCAUAAUAAGACAAAAAUAACCAAAACUCCAAAUUUCUCCCUUCGUUUUAGUUCAACAAACGUACAAGAACAUUAUUAAGAUGUUGACAUUUAAUGAGCUGUCCUUUUAAAAAAACAUGAACAACCUGAAAUUUCUUGAGGAAAAUAAGUGAAGUCUCAACAAUAUUUUACCUCAGCCCAUCAUUUACAUGUGAAUUACAACUAAUAGAUCACAACGGAUGCUUAGAACCACAAAACUGAACCUGAUGAAUCCAGUAUUUCACAUGAUGAUCAGACUAACUUUUCAAGAGCUAGAAGUUAUUUUAAAUGUACAUACAUGUACAUUUAAACGUGUGUAGUAAUCCUGACCACCUGAACCGACUCACCUCAUAAAGCAAACUGAAGUCAGAUCUAUUCAGUAAGAAAGAUAUAAAAGAUGGAACAAGUGAUUCUCCUGCCUUGUAAAUGUUUCCAUUCAAACAUACAAAAAAGGAAUUGCUGAUUUUAUUUUAAAAAUGCAGUUAGUGUCUUUUAUAAGACUUUUAUGUUUACCUGAGUCACCCUGCAGGAUAGACUGGACCUUCUGCUUUGCCGUACAUUUGACACCCCUGAUGUAAAAACUCUUUUUUUUUUUUUCAAGCUAAAAUUUUCUUUUUAUCUAUUAAAAGUAAAGCUUCAAAGCUGCACUGCAGGAGCAGGGACUUCUAAAUGUUUAGUAUCUUUGGGCUCAUUCAGUUCAAUAAAAACUGUUAAAUUCAACUGAAUAGCAGCACGUACUAUCCACGUACAUUUUUUUUUUUUUUGUAGUUUAAUUGAAGUUCUUUUGUAGAAUAAAUUUUGCUGCAGUUCUUUGACCAACCAGGUAUCACACAAGAAAAAAAGAGACCUCCAUAGAACACAUGCAAAAGUCUGCCAGUGAAUAGUUUCUUACAAACCUCUGUAGAUUUUAACCAUGUGAGGCGGUCUACAUCAGCAGCUGCAGUCUGAACGAGUGCCAUGCAGUCUUUCAUGUGCUGCAGCUCGACAUCUUCUAGACGUGCUCCAGAGGGGCUGCAUGCGAGGACAAAAUGUCUGCAACAUUCCUUCAAGAAUUUAUAAGUUCAGUAAUUGUGUAAAACCUCAUCGAAAACACUGUUAUCACACUUUUUACAUCAUGUCCUGCCUCUGAUGUGCUCAGCCCAGACACUCCGGAGUAUUUCCGGUUAGAGUGCAUCUUGGGAGUGUCUCGUAUUUUCUGGUGUAUCUCUGAAAAGCUUAGAAGUAUUGGUGGUCCUUACUGAGAAACGGAGGGUCAGACUGAGCCGCUGUUAAAGCUAAAGCUUUAUCAUUUUACAUGAGCUUCAUGAGCAGGAAUCUCCUGUCCUGUUUCAGUCCUCUGAGAAAAAGCAGAAAUUUAACUGAACAUUGUCAUGACAAGUCCUCAGAUUUGAUUGAUGGAUUAUAAGAAAUCACAUGCUGCGAUUAACAGCUUUCAGGCUCAGCCAGUCGCCUCAUUUUUAACAUAUUCCUCAGCCGACUCUCAAAUUAGAGAACAGCAAGAGAAAAUGAUUUGAAACUAGAUGAUUUGUUCAAAUGAUCACAAUUAUGAUUUCAUGUGAUCCUUCAUUAAACCAAUGCAAAGAAGCUGAGGUCUAAUUCAGCUGAAUUCAGCUAAAUACUGAUAUUUUUGGUAUGUUUGACCAAAUAUGCUUUAAUUUCUAGAUGUAUUUCGGCCAUUUCCAACCGUUUAAAUCCAAAAAUGGUGGUAUUUUUUGUUUUAGUUGUUUUUAAACAAAUGUAAUUAAAAUUCCAACUAAAUUGGUUUUCUUUACGUUUAAUGUAAAAUUCUUAGAGAAUUUAAAGCACAUAAAUUAAAGUUUUUAAAUUUCAGGGUUUAUAAUUUAGGGAUUGUUACAUUUUUAUAUCUAAUAGUCACUGACAGCAAUUAAAUGAUAAGUUUUAACUUAUGGCAUUUCUUAGUCGAUUCUUUAGAAACAUCAGAGCAGUGUUAACACGUACUUCCUGCAGACAGACUCACGACAGGCUGCGUUUUAUUUUUCCUCUGAAUAAUUUGGACCUCUGCUAAACUCUACUUAGGGACAGUCACGUCGUCUUUUUAAGGACAAUGUGAGUUAUGUUUGUUUACAGAACCAGCUGCUGUCCUCUGAGGACACCUGCUGGGUGGACGGGGAACAGCAUGCAGCUGCAUCAUGUCUCCGACCAACAAGGGGACAAACAUUUGGUGGAAAUCACUGAGACAAAAUACACAAACUAAACUGUGAUAAUCAGGAGGAACAAAGGAUGGACAGCAGGGUUUUAGUCUCAGUAUUUUUACUGCUGAUACGUGUGAAUGUUACAGCAUGUCUUUAGUGAAUGUUUUUAGUUUAAGGAUCGGCCCUGAAACCAGUUCAGUAAACUGAACCUAAAGAAGCUUCAGCUCCAGAUCGUGGAGUUUUUUUUUUCCUGUCAAAGGUUUUAACUUUCUGCAAGCAAACACUCAACUAGGGCAGAUAUGAAGAUGGUUAUAAGUGACAGUAAAUGUGAAGCAUCUCAUCAAUUCCAGUGUAUAGAGACUUAGAUUCUAUUAUCACAGAAAAUGUCUUAUUGGUUUUCUGUUUUACAG